CUAUACAUAUGGAACUACAACAAGAGAGGAGAAGCUUCUUCCCCAGUGAUUGUGCUGAGGACUCGGCGUUCUUUGAGGGCCGUGCAUUUUCAUCCCCAUGCAGCACCAUUUCUAUUGACAGCUGAGGUUAAUGAUCUUGAUUCGCCAGACUCACCACUGACACUUGCAACUUCUUCCGGCUAUUUGCACUAUCCUCCUCCAGCUGUCUUUUUUGCAAACAUUAAUUCAAGUCUGCAUCCACAUCUGGAGGCUCAGGGUCCUAGGGUUAGUAGCUCCGGUAAUGGGCAGCAAAGACAGAGAAAUGUUGAUAUAGGAAACCAAGAUGAGAACUUGGCGACCCCGAUGGAUAUAUCUCUGGGAGAGAUUUCUAGCACAAAUAUUAUGACAGAAGAUGCAGUUGCUGAUUCUAUGCUGACCAGAAUGGAAACAGUAACAUAUGAUUCUUUUAUGGGAAGUGCAGAAAACACUGAAGGGCAGCCUACUGUUGGAUUUCAGCAAAGAAGUUCUACUGGUAUGGUGGAGAGUUUGGAUGCUUUGAACACCAGGCCAUCAACUACUUUCCAUUGCAAUGGGAUGGCUAUAAGAAUACCUGUGAGGCAAUCAAGGCCAGGUGUAGAGAGCACUUCUGCUUUCAAUCCUUCAAUCUCUUCAGGCAGUACCGGCCUUCAAAUGCUAUUAAGAAGUGUAGAUGGUGGACAACUUCAUCAAUUUAUUCCUUUCAGUGAUGCAGUAUGCUGGGAGCUGCCUUUUUUACAGGGCUGGUUAAUGGGUCAAACUCAUGCAGGCCUGCAUACAGCAAUUCCUGUCAAUAGUGCACUCCAAGGACAUUCAUCUGUAGUUCGCGGAACAGGAACCGACUUCUUGACACCUGAAUUACUGUAUACCCGUAAUGUGGAAGCUCUAGUGGCUUCUUCUUCAAUGCCAACCACUAAUGGCCAUGCUAGGGUAACCGGACGAUCUGGUUCUCGGCAUCGGUCACGCUCCCGUUUGAUGGCUUCUACAGCUGUUGGAGAAGCAGCUGCUGCUGAACUACCUUGUACGGUGAAGCUAAGAAUAUGGCCACAUGAUAUACAAGAUCCAUGUGCCACUUUAGAGCCAGAGGCAUGCCGUUUAACCAUACCACAUGCUGUCCUUUGCAGUGAAAUGGGUGCCCAUUUUUCUCCUUGUGGCCGAUUUUUGGUUGCUUGUGUUGCAUGCUUACUGCCCCAUGUUGAAGGUGAUCCGGGGGUUCAGUCACAGAUGCAACAUGAUAAUACAGGGGCAGCAACAUCCCCAACACGCCAUCCAAUUUCAGCUCACCAAGUUAUGUAUGAGCUUCGCAUCUAUUCUCUUGAAGAGGCAACCUUCGGCAUGGUGCUAGCUUCAAGAGCAAUCAGAGCGGCUCAUUGCUUGACUUCUAUUCAG